CGUGCACAGAUCUGCUCGUGCUCGGAGCUGCAGACCCGGGGCUGGCCAGGUGAGAAAAGACCCCACCUCAGUCCGGCGAGGAUUUUUCGUAUUCUUUGACUCCCAUUUUUGGGAGUCAGCUGUACCCAGCCACCCACCAACUUCACGCGCAUCUCCGGCGACGGCGCCCCUCCUUUCAGGUGCAGCGUGAACCCGACAGCUUCCGCUUGAAGAUGAGGCCCCCUCCCCCGCUACCUCCUAGGCCACCCCGCGUGCGCACACGUGCCGGGGAAGGGGAAACUGAGGCUGAGCAGCAGCGGGGAGGCCAGCGCGCGCCGCCGCGUGUCCGUGCGCGUCGUUGUCAAUAAAGUUGUUGCGCACCGGAAGCGGAAGCGGCGAGUCUCCAUGGCGGCGGCGGUGGCGGGGCCGGUGUUCUGGAGGCGACUGCUGGGCCUCUUGCCGGGACGACCCGGGCUCGCCGCGCUCCUGGGCCGUUUGUCCGACCGCCUGACCCGGAACCGGGACCGCGGGCGCCGGAGGUCACCAUGGCUGCUAUUGGCUCCUCUGCUGUCUCCCACCAUCCCCCAGGUCACUUCCCCACCCUGCUGCCUGUGUCCAGAGGGCGUGCACCGGUUCCAGUGGAUUCGAAACCUGGUUCCAGAGUUUGGUGUGUCCAGCUCACAUGUCAGGGUGCUUUCUUCCCCUGGGGAAUUUUUUGAGCUCAUGAAGGGGCAGAUAAAAGUAGCCAAGAGACGGGUUGUGAUGGCAUCGCUCUACCUGGGAACAGGUCCUUUGGAACAGGAACUGGUGGAUUGCCUGGAAAGCACUCUAGAAAAGUCACUCCAAGCAAAGUUUCCCUCCGACCUCAAGGUCUCCAUUCUCCUAGACUUCAUGCGGGGUUCAAGAGGUAGGAAGAACUCUCGCACAAUGCUGCUCCCACUCCUACAGAAGUUUCCAGAACAGGUCCGCGUCUCCCUCUUCCACACACCCAACCUGCGGGGACUGCUGCGGCUCCUGAUCCCUGAACGUUUCAAUGAGACCAUUGGCCUCCAGCACAUCAAAGUCUAUCUCUUUGACAACAAUGUCAUCUUGAGUGGAGCCAACCUGAGUGACUCCUACUUCACCAACCGCCAGGAUCGCUACGUGUUUUUGCAGGACUGCCCUGAGAUUGCUGACUUCUUCACGGAGUUGGUGGAUGCAGUCGGGGACGUGUCCCUGCAGCUGCAGGGGGAUGACACGGUGCAGGUGGUAGAGGGCAUGGCGCACCCUUACAAAGGUGACCGGGCUGCGUAUUGCAAGGCAGCCAACAAGAGGGUGAUGGACGUGAUCAACUCGGCCAGGACCCGCCAGCAAAUGCUGCACGCCCAGACCUUCCACGGUGACUCCCUUUUGACUCAGGAAGAUGCUGCUGCUGCGGGUGAUCGGAGGCCAGCCCCAGACACCUGGAUUUACCCCUUGAUCCAGAUGAAGCCCUUUGAGAUCCAGAUAGAUGAAAUCGUCACCGAGACCCUGCUGACUGAGGCUGAGCGGGGUGCCAGGGUCUACCUCACCACUGGCUACUUCAACCUGACUCAGGCCUACAUGGACCUGGUCUUGGGCACACGGGCCGAGUACCAGAUCCUAUUGGCCUCCCCAGAGGUCAAUGGCUUUUUUGGGGCCAAAGGGGUGGCAGGUGCCAUCCCAGCAGCCUAUGUGCACAUUGAGCGGCAGUUCUACCGGGAGGUGUGCAGCCUGGGGCAGCAGGAGCGGGUCCAGCUACAGGAGUACUGGCGGAGGGACUGGACAUUUCAUGCCAAAGGCCUCUGGCUGUACCUGGCAGGGAGCAGCCUGCCCUGCCUCACGCUGAUUGGCUCUCCUAAUUUUGGGUACAGGUCGGUUCACCGGGACCUGGAGGCCCAGAUCGCCAUUGUGACGGAGAGCCAGGCCCUGCAGCAGCAGCUUCACCAGGAGCAAGAGCAGCUGUACUUGAGGUCGGGCGUGGUGUCCUCUGACACCUUUGAGCAGCCCAGUCGGCAGGUGAAGCUGUGGGUGAAGAUGGUGACUCCGCUGAUAAAGAACUUCUUCUGAAGACAGACAGGCAGGGCCUGGCUCCAGGAGUCCGGGAGCCGCUGUGUGUGGGGUCAUUGUCACAGCUGCACUUCUGCUCCUCCAUACAUGGGUUUUUGGGUCGGAAAAGCCCCUGGAGAAAGGCUGUGAGACAGGGUGCAGGAAGCAGGCCCUGUGCCUCCCCGGAAGCUCAGCGCAGCUCGGGUCUGACCGCAGGCGGGAGGAGGACAUGCUCCUGGUCAGAGAGCGGCCUGGCUUGCUGCCCUAGCCAGCUGCAGCUUGCCAGGAAGAGCUAGCUAUGGAGCCAGGCCUGGCUGCUGCCUCCUGCCCCUGACGUGUGUGUGAUGACGUGCGCAUGGAGAUGAUGUCCUCCAGGCUGGCAGCAACCAAUAUGAUGUGCUCUGCCCACCCAGGAGCAGUGCGGCCCACAGCCACCCUCUUUGUGCACGUGCGAGUGAGCCCCCGCUGUCCUAGGCAAGGUCCUCUGCUCUGAGGGAGGGGUGUCUCCCAAGUCAACCUUCUGGAUUCUAGUUCCUUUUCACCUCUGACCUCACCCCGAGUGCCCAGAUGGGGUCAGUCUCAGGGGGCUGCAGUGGAGAUGGUCCUGGCUGUUCCUCGGGCACCUCAGGUUCCUGGAAUGGAGAGAGAGAAGGGGUCAGAGACCAGAAGGACCUGUGGCUGGUGGGGCUGGUGCUGUGCCUGCAGCAGAGGCUGAGGACAGAGGGGCUGGGUCCUGCUGAGGGAAUGCUGCUAAGUCUCCCUUCAGAGAACUCAAACUGAUGUCAUCGCUCAGUUUGUCCUUAUUUUAAUCUUAUUCAGAUAGCAGUGUACACGUUUAGAAAGCAAAAUACUAAAAGUCCAUCAAAACCCAGUCUCCUGAGUCUUUUUUUUAUUUGCUACCAGGGUG